CUCUCUCUCUCUCUCUCAGGAGCACGAACUUUUUUCAGCAUUUCCCUCUCAGAUCGCCAUGGAUAAAGGGAAAAUUCAGAGAAAGAGAAAGAGAGCACAGAAAGAGAGCACUGAGGGAGCAUCCACUUCUUCGUUCAUCUCUCCAAAACUCACAGGACAAGGUGAUGAUGCGUGCGAUGUAUUCUUGAGCUUUAAAGGCUCAGAUACUCGUAAGGAAUUCACCGAUCACCUCUACAAUAGACUGGUCAAUACAGGGACUGUGUCUAUUUUUGUGUUCAAGGACGAUAAGAGCAUCCCAAUUGGUGAGGAUUUUAGCUCACAAAUUCUUGGUGCCAUCUCACGAUCUAAGAUUUCGAUCCCCAUCAUCUCCGAAAAUUAUGCUACUAGCAAAUGGUGCCUUCGUGAGCUCAUCCAUAUGAUGGACUGCAAGAAUGGUGCGUCACACAUAGUGUUGCCAAUUUUUUACAAAGUUAAACCAUCAGAUGUGCGGCAUCUAAAAGGAAAUUUUGGGGAUGCCUUCCGUUCGAGUCAAAAGUAUUUUGAUGAGAAGGAUAUCCAGGAAGGGCCGCGAGCACUUAGAGAAGUGAGUGACUUACAUGGGUGGGAGUCUGAGAAAUUUGCUAACGGCAAUGAAGGAGAAUUAGUGGAAGAAGUGGUCAAAAAGGUUCUGAGCAAAUUGCAACAAGACUUUCAGCUUGAUGUUACUAAGCACUUAGUUGGAUUUGAGGAUCAUGUGAGCAAAAUCAGGAAUUGGGUAGACACUCCUGCCAGUGCUGCUCGAAUGAUUGGAAUCUAUGGCAUGGGUGGGAUCGGAAAAACAACUCUGGCCAAAUCAAUCUACAACCAGUUGUUGGAUGAAUUUGUACAUCAUAGCUUCCUUGCUAAUAUUCGAGAAACGGCUCAAUGCAAUGGUAUUCCUUAUCUACAAAAUCAACUAAUUGAGGAAGUACUUCAAAUCGAAUGUCAAAUUCGGAAUGUUGACCGUGGAAUUAGUUUGAUCAGAUCUAAAUUCAAAGGAAAAAAGGUUAUCAUUCUUCUGGAUGAUAUAGAUAACAAAAAGCAACUAGAUGCUUGAGAGCGUAAUUGGUUUAUGAGUGGAAGUAUUAUCAUUGUUACAACUAGAAAUAAAGCUAUUCUUGAUCAAUCUGAAUUUGAGGUAGACUACCCAUAUGAAUUGAAUGAAAUGGGUAAGGUGCAUUCUUUGCUUUUAUUUAAGAGACAUGCAUUUCGUAUGGAUCAUUGUCCAACGGAGUUUGAGAAUAUCUCUCAUAAAAUCAUAAUCACCAUGGGUGGGCUACCCUUAGCUCUUGAGGUCGUUGGUUCAUACUUGUUUAAAAAAACAAAUCUAAAUGUAUGGAAAGAUACGUUAAAGCAAUUAAAAGAAGGACCACAUAAAGAUGUCCAAAAGAUACUGAAGAUAAGUUAUGAUGCAUUAGAAGAUGGACAUAAGCAGAUUUUUCUUGAUAUUGCUUGUUUCGUUAUCAAGAAAAAGAUCAAAU